CGCUCAGUAGGACCUGCUAUGUUUGUUGUGCUUUGUCUAGUGAUAAAGAACAGGGACCUGCUUAUUCCCUGAGAAGCAAAGACACAAUUCAGAGUCUGGAGUCUGUAUGAUUAUUAUUAUUUUUUCCCAUGGAUUUUCAUCCCCUGUCCUCUGAUUCAAAGUUCUGGAGAGCAUCUGCUAACAUGUAAGGGAAUUCAUUCAUUGCAGAAUUCUGCAUCCUGGCUGGGUAACAUUCUGGUGCUAUAGAGUCUGCAUUCAGAUCACAUACUUCUGCCACUAUACUCUGACUGAGAGGAGGAAAUUACUAAUACAGGGCUUUGAUUAGGACAGAUUGCUGUUGCAAGAGACUCUUCCCCUCCUUCGGCACUAACUUCAAUUGCUUGGGGUCUGUUCUGCUUUGGGAUUGAACAUCUUGGCUGGUCCAGCGUCAGCUGCAUUUGUCACAUGUAUGGGGAUGCGGUCAAUUUACCUACAAUCAAAAUCCCGACAACCAUUGAUCGACGGUCAAAAUCCCGCCAUGGUCAAAAUCUAAACCCCAUAGUCCUGGACUAAAAUUGGAAUCCUUUGUUGAGUGGAUUUUUCUUCUCACGGAUAGCAUAACUGAGCGGCAUAAUUCAAGGCGAAUUCCUUUCGAGUGAAGAUGGAAACCCUUCUCAGAUUGUAUUUAUUCCUCGUUGUGGUCACAUCUCUGAUUGCCGCGAUGCAUCCGUACUGUAUUAUUAAGAAGGAGGAAGAAGCCUGCCAAGAAAAAAUAAGGAUCUAUGAAUCUGAGAUGUGGAACAAUUCUAUGCCGGGCUGCCCUGUAAUGUGGGAUAACAUAACCUGCUGGCUGUCUGCGCUUGUCGGCACAGUGGCCUUUGUCCGAUGCCCGGUGUGGUUCAGCAUGAUAGACUCAGAAGACGAUGUGGACAUGCCUGAUAUGGACACAGCGGGCAGCAUUGAGGAGCUCCAGUCAGAAGGAGUGAUCAGCAGGAACUGUACUGAAAAUGGCUGGACCGAUCCUUUUCCGCAUUACUCCGAUGCAUGUGGCUAUGAUGUGAAUGAAACAGGGGAUCAGGACACGUACUUCCUCUCUGUGAAAGCCUUGUAUACAGUGGGAUAUAGCACAUCUCUUGUUGCACUCACCACUGCUAUGGUCAUCCUGUGCCGCUUCAGAAAACUCCACUGCACUCGGAACUUUAUCCACAUGAAUCUUUUUGUCUCGUUCAUUCUGCGGGCGAUAUCUGUGUUUAUUAAAGAUGAAGUUCUGUACGCUGAGCAAGACAACAACCACUGCCACCUGUCUACUGUGGAAUGUAAAGCGGUGAUGGUGUUCUUCCAUUACUGCGUCAUGUCCAACUACUUCUGGCUCUUCAUUGAAGGACUCUACCUCUUCACACUCCUCGUGGAAACGUUUUUCCCUGAACGAAGAUACUUUUAUUGGUACACAAUAAUUGGAUGGGGCACCCCACUUAUAUGCGUUACAAUAUGGGCUGUGUUGAGGCUGCACUUUGAUGACCAGGGCUGCUGGGAUAUGAACACCAACGUAGCGCUGUGGUGGGUGAUUAAGGGUCCUGUCAUUGGUUCCAUUAUGAUCAACUUUGUGCUGUUUGUCGGCAUAAUCAUCAUCCUUGUGCAGAAGCUGCAGUCCCCGGACAUAGGCGGCAACGAGUCCAGCAUAUAUCUCUGCCUUCAGAAAUGCUUCUGUAAGAGUAAGCCAGCUAACCAGUACUCUUUCAAGAUGUCUGAACUAUCCAUCAUUACACUGAGGUUGGCCCGUUCUACACUGCUGCUGAUUCCACUUUUCGGUAUUCACUACACCGUCUUCGCCUUUUCCCCAGAGAAUGUUAGCAAGAGGGAGAGGCUUGUCUUUGAACUGGGACUGGGAUCCUUCCAGGGAUUUGUUGUUGCAAUCCUCUAUUGUUUCCUGAAUGGUGAGUUUCUCCCUAAAGGUGCAAUCAGAAAUAAAGAGAAAAUGGCGGAGUUGGAAAGUCAACCGGUACUUUGCUGUGGACUUCAAGCACCGUCACCCAUCAUUGGCGAGCAGCGGAGUGAAUGGGGGGACACAGCUGUCCAUUCUGAGCAAGAGCAGCUCCCAAAUCCGGAUGUCCAGCAUAAAUGCAGAGAACCUGGCAACAUGAAUUCGGAAAUUGCCUAAACACCUUUGAACAUCACUCUUUUUUUUUUCUCCCCCAUUUACUUUUUUUUUGUGAAUGGAUAACACGUGAUGAAACAAGAGUGGCACAUGAUGCUUGGGUUUGGGUUUUUUUGUUUGUUUUUUAAGUCAGGUUUUUGGAAGAGAGAUGGAAACUUAUUGUAAAAUAAUUCCACUGAAGGAGCGUCAUGUGGCUCACCUCCAUUGAUUUGUGAUUUUGUCAGCCAGCAAUAUAUCGUCAUAUACAUUUGAUCCAUGAGUGUGUUUUAAUACAAGCGCUCAGCACCGAUCAGUUUGUCCAGUAUUAUACGGGCAUUAUUUGCCUAUUUCUCUUUGCGUCUUAAGUAGAUGGUCAGUAAAGGAUAAAAUGAAAUAUAAAGGAGUACAAUAAUUAAAACUAGUCUUAAAAGUUUUUUGUAAUCCAUAGCAAUCAGUUAUGUAAUUUUUCUAGUUACAUUUUUGAAAAUUAAAAUAUCUCUUGGUGGCCAUGCUCGGCACAAACUUUGUUGCUCAGAUAAAUGUGCACCACAAAUAUAUCCCAUUGUAAGAGAGAAGCACUAUAAUUUAUAAUGCAAUAUAGUGUGUUGGAAACAUAACCUGAGAAAAAAACAUCAUAUUUGUUGUAAAAUCAUACUAUAUUAAGUGGCAGCUUAAACUAAAUAUUUUCUUUCUUUUUUUUCAAAGAAAAUACAUGUUGUUUUUAUUUUUUUAUUUUUUUUUCCCGGCUUGUAAAAUAAUUGAAAAAUGUGAAUUAGUUGACCUCACAUGAACAAAUUGUGUAUAUAGAUUGUUCUGGGUAUCGGUACGGAUGUAGGGUGUAUCUGCAGAGCAACAUGCAGAAUGCACUCAAUAUUGAUUGCCAUACAGUAGUAUUUUGGUAAUGUUGUAGAAAAUGACAGGGAUAAAGGCAUUGUUUCUCUUAAACACUGGAAAAGACCAUAAAAUGUAUUAGAGUAUUAAAUGAUAUUUUUAACAAGUUUAAAAAAAAUAGAAAAAAUAUAUAUAUAAUUAUUAAUAUUUUGUGACAGUCGUACAUAACUUUGCCUUAUGUCCAGCUACAACUGGUACAUAUUUUCUUAUCUCACACUGAUAUGAUGUCAAUUAACUUUAUGUCAACACUAACAAAUAUAGUUUUAAUUCUUUUUAAAAAAAGAAAUAAAUUAACUGAAGGAAAACUGGAUAAUUAUCGCAUUUAUAAGUAUUUUUCUUAUCUAUUAAUGAGAACAGUCAUAUAACAUAGAAUAUGAAAUAUAAAUUAACUAGUGCAUUUAAGACAGCAGCCUUGUUUCAUAGAAUGUAACACGGUCAUUAAACCUUUUUGUCUUGUUUUUAACGAAUGAGACAAAGCCUAUUAAAAUGCAGAAUGUGUAUAUUUAAUGCAGAAUGUGUAUAACUCAUAGAUAUAAUGUUUUACAAAGCAACAUUUUUAUUUUAAAUGGGAAGGAAAUGGACUGUGAUGUUAUUUGUGCCAUAGGUUACUCUGAGCCAUUUUGAGAAAUUAUUAAUAAUAUUUUAUGUGUGCAAUAGAAAAAGUACUCUCUAUAAUAUGUUAUUUGUGUGGCCAUGAGCAUGUUUGAAUGUUUGUAUCCAUUUAUCUUUUUAGUACGUUCAGUUCUUGAGUUGUAAUAGUUGAGUCGUACCCUAGCCUAUCAUCGCACAUAUGUUAGCAGCCCUUUGAGACGAUAAAUUCUGGAUUUUGGGUUUAUUAAAUAAUGUUGUGUUGUGCAGUAUGAACCCAGGUUCUUUAAAACCAUAAAAAACAGUCUGCAUCCUUUCUGUAGAGUCACUCAAUAUUCAUGAGGCUAAAGUCCAUAAAAUACACCAAGAACUAUCAAGGAAUGUGCCACAAAACUUGUUCUGCCAGUUGCUAUUGAACUGGCUCAGCGAUAAGCAACAGGCGGCUCUGGGUCCUCAUGUGGCCCUUUGUGCCUUCACCCCCAGCAAAUUCCUAUUUAUUAUCACAUUUGAUUGUUAUAGCUUUUAACACUUCUAUAAUAUGCCUACUGAUAUUAUAUUAAAGACACGGAAUGUAUUGUUUUAGCUUGAUACUUAAAUUAAAGGUAAUGACAAGAGGAGCUACUGACCGCUCUGGGGUUGGGGCUGGUCUCAUGAGAUUAUGCCUUGCCCCCAAUGGGUCAAAAUGUCACAGGUCUAUUAGAGGGGGUGAGGCUAAAAGAUAUUUAUUCACUGCAUUUUACCCUGCCCCCUCCAUAUGGACUUUUGAAUCCCGGUAUUAUCUCCCCAUUCUGCUCACUUUACUAGGAAGUGGGUGGAAUGCGGGAGAUUCUCCCACUCUCCAGAGGUGAGGGGGACUACCCAAAAAACGUGAAUCUCCCGAAACUUCUGGGAGAGGUCAUAAGUAUGGGUAAUGUGUGGCCUUUUUGAGUUAGAAGGCUAUCUAAUGCGGCCCUUGAAGUGUAUCAGGACACCUGCCACUGGGCUGUAGUCUCAUAAAUAUUGGUUUAAUCUACAGUUGCACUUAGGUUAUAUUUAAAAUAAACCCAAAUGUCUUGUGUUUCAACCCUAUGACCAUUAUUUUUGGUUUGAACUGCAUAGGUUCCUCAAGUGCCUUUUCAUAACAGUAUUUCUGUUUUUGCAAACAUCACAGGUUUAUGCGACUUCCUGAAAUAUUACAAAACAACGAAUAGUACUGAUAUCAGAACUAAAAGCACUCCCUUCGAUUCUGCAGCAUCCAAUAUUAAAAGAAAAAAAAACAUACAUUUAUAAAAAAAAGGAAAAAUUCAGAAAAGCCAAACUGUUUUGAAAAAUGGAUACAAUUUUAAAAAUACUCUCAAUACACAAACUUAAUUAAAGUUCAAUUAUGUAUGUGUAUUUGGAACUAAAUGAGUUUACUUUGAACAUUUGGCAUGUGUAUGAUUACUGCAUUUGAUUACAUUUUCUGAAGAUUAAAUUGUGUAAAAUGAUGUGAAGGUUCUGUUUUCAAACAGCACAUUAAAAUGGAAAGCAAAAAUUAUACUAAAAAAACACAAAACAAAUACACCAUGCAUAUAAACGUAAUAAGGACAAAGUCAAAAUACAGUACAUUUUGUUAGGAAUUGGAUCUAUUGUUUGUAAUGCUAUUGUCUAUAAUGCUAAUUGCUGCUUUUAAAAAAAUGUGCCAAAUUUAUAAUAUGUCAAAAUGUUUCAUUCUUUUAACUAACCUGUAGCCCUUUUAGGGUACAUGUAAUCUGUAACCCUUUCUGAAUGCAUUUCUUGCAUAUUCUCAGAUAAAUCAGAUUAGGAACAACAUUUUUAAAAACUAUUUUAAAAAAUGUUUUCUUAAAUAAUUUCAGUGUUUGUAUGCAAAUACAGAUCCACAAAGCUGGGAUACAUGUUAUGCCUUUUGUAAAUCAUCUUUUAUUUUAUAUUUUAUAUAGAGGUAAACCUGAACAAAUGUGACAUGUAAUAGAGGUGGGGGGAGGGAGAAUUUUCUGUUUUAUCUCUGUAUGACUAUAAGCACGAUUUGGGUUAAUCAGCAAUGUAUUCAGAAGUUGUUCACUGCAUGCUGUUACAUUUUUAUGAAAGUCAUUCCUCAACACAGUCAUUUUCUUAAAGUGAUGUAGGCUGUGCUGAAUUAAUAAAUUGUUAUUGGUGCUGAUAUCACAUUUUAAUGCUUGUAUAUUGCACUGCAUUUUAAAUCCUGUAUCAGAUAUACAAAGCCAUGUGGAGUAUUAUUUUUUUUAUUUGAAUAGCAGAGGUCCCUCAGUGGAAAUGCAAUUUAGCGGUAUUAUCAUAAAGCACAACUAAAAAUGACAGUUUUGCCUUGGUGUAUUUAGACAGCAUCAGUGUGGUAAGAAGCUACAGUAGAUUAAAGGGGGAUGAAUUAGGGUAAGCAUUUGAAUCAAAAUUAACAAUAGAUCAUUGUUUUAAUUAAUAUGGUCAGUUGUAAUAUUAUUUUCAAAUCUGCGUUAUAGUUUUUCUGUUACCUGAUGGCUGAAAUAAGCUGUUAAAGUUUACUUCUUUGCAUCACUAAUGGUUAAUUGUUACAACAAUGGAUACAGUAUGUGGUUGGAAAUUCCGUCUGUCUAGCUGUUUGUUGAGGUUUGUUAUGUGAAUGUAUUGGAACAAAGGGGAGGGCUGUGUGACUUGAUAAAGUAAAACUAAUGUAAAAAAUGUACUGUUACUUUUGUACAGUCGUUAUUACACUGAUGGAUAUAUUUACUGAAGGUUGCUUUUCAUUGACAUAUAUAGAUGAAAUUUGAUCUAAGUUGAUGCUUUGCUUCUGGAGUUAAAACACACAUUUACUAACAUGAUAUUUUAUAUUAAUUUUUAAAUGUUAAUAAAUGUGUGUUUUAGUCCUGAAUACACAACAUCUAUGUAGCCCAAUCUGAAAUCAACUAUGAAAAUCGGCAUUUAUUAAAUAUACCCCUGUAUCUAUUUACAUUGUGUUACUAAUUUUAAAAGCAAAUUAAAUUAGUGUAAAUUCAACUGUUAAAAUAUAUAUAUUAAAUAAGAGACCCAAGUUCAGUUUGAGACCAAAUACAAUAUAGAUAAUUAUUAAAUAAAUAUUCUGUAUAUUGUAAAUAUGGUACAAUAGUACACAAUAAAAAAAUCCCAUAACAAUGUGAAUGGUGCAUUUUCUGAAAACUUUUAAUAUUCCACCAAUAAUACUAGAAAUUAUACUUAUUUUAGCAGAUGUGUUUUAGUAAAGUUUCAACUGUUAGUGCAAGUUAGCAAAUUGAUUCAGAAUAAAUUGAGAUUUAUUACAUUUCAGUGAUUCAGAGCCAGCACAUUACUUUGUAGCUGACACUGAAAAAAUAUUUUGUAACUAACUCUAUAUAAAAAAAAAGAAACAAUUAAAAUUACAAAUGAAUAUCCAUGCCCUUAAAAAGUAUUUUUUCAAAUAUUAUUUUUUAACAACAAUAAUAAAAUAUUGCUUUGCCAAAAAAGUUAAUGGCCAAUUGUUCAUAAUCUGGAAAGUGAAUAAUGGAAGGCACACAUACUUCUUGUGUCAUUUUGUUGGGUGGACCAGAGAUGACAAUAAUGUCUGGAUUUUUGUAUUUUUAUACCCAUAGAGCAGCCAUUUUGACUUUUCUAUGAUGGGUAAUUUUUCUCAUCGAGCUAUUGUGAGGACUGUAUUUCAGCCUCAUGGAAGUUACAACACAGAUCAGCAUAAACUAGAAAAUUGUGUAAUGUAAAAUAAAAUGGUUACCCUGCACCUAAUACAGUUUUACUGGAUUCUGCUUUAUAUCAGUUAAUGUUUUAAAAUAGCAGCUGGCAAAACUAAAUCAGAAACAUUAAUUCACAAUUGAGGUAUAUUAAUGUAUAGUCAUGAGAAUGUGGAAACCUUAUUAGUGCUUUUCCUGUUUUCUAACAACAAUCUGUCAUAAAAAUAUACAUAAAUGAAUUCAUUGGGAAUUCCUCAACCUGUGUCCUAAGACAGUAUUGUUCUCUAGUUCUAAGCAAUGAAAACAUUUUCAGAUGAAUGUAAUUUAACUUGGGUAUUGCUUAAUAAAGCAGUAGAACACAUGCUGUUGUUUUAAAAUAACUAGGCCAAAUAUCUGUUUUUAAUAAGGUUUUUUUAUCUGAAUGUUUAUGGCCAAAAACAUACAGCAAAUGGCAAUGAUAGUAUAACAUGAAAAUGUGCCAAUUACUAUAACACAUUAUUAUGUGUAAGGAUUUGUAAUACAUAUUGCAUGCUCCAAUAUAGAGUAACGCUAGCCAAUAAUAAAGAUUUUAAACAUUUUUUUUUAAAUCCUCAAAACUCUGAAAUAUUUAUAAAUCAUUUAGAAUUUAGUAUGCAGAUAAGACUUCAAUGAUACACUGAUUUGCAAAAAAGGCUAAUUUUUCUUGCCAACUUUUUUUAUUUCCACAUAAUUCCAAUUAUUUCCCUCAAAUAAUCCAAAAUUCUGAAAAAAAAAUCCUUUUUAACUAUUCUUCAUUACUACGGACAUUACUACGGACAUUGCAAAUGUGCAAGAAUAAAUUUAUGACUGAUAACUAGUCAUUUAGUCCAUUGAAAUGUGGUAAAUACUAAAAUGAAGACAAAAUAAUUGAACAAUAUUAUAUAUUUUCUUAAUUUUUAAACCUCAUGAAAUUUAUUACAAUAUAUUGAACAUCCCAACAUAGCGGGGGGGGGGGGUUCUAAUAUUUUACAUAUAUAUAUAUAUAUAUAUAUACACAAAUGUCCAAAUCCGACACUCAGCGUAACCCUUGCCUCACAAACUUACUGGUGUGCCUUCCUAGGGUGUACAAGGCCCAUGUAUAAACAACAACAAAAGAGGCGGCACUCCCAGCUUGAUAAGAGUGGAAACUUUAGUGAUGUAUUGACGUUUCGGGGGAUCUCACCCCAUCAUCAGGAUAAUGUGUGUGUAUAUAUAUAUAUAUAUAUAUAUAUAUAUAUAUACUUUUUGUUACACUAUUUGUCCUUGGACAGUAAGUACUGUUUCUUAAUUGCUUAUGUCUCAAAAGUACAGCAUAUGGUAUUUAUUACCUUAAGACUUUGCUUUUGUGACCAGGACAUUUUAUACUUUGAAAUUUGCCUGAUGAGAAAAGGUCAAAUUUGCAUUUUCUUUUGCACAAUGUGGGCAACAAAAAAUCAACAUAUGUAUGAAAAGUUAACAUAAAGUUGUACAAACGUGACCUCAAAAUAAUUAGAAGUGAGUAGCUUUUCAAGAUUUACGAUUAUACAGAACAUAACCUUCACGAAUCAGGACCCAAAUGUAGUCUCCCAUCAAGUUCUCUUAUACUGUAUUUGGUUGCGGCAUACAAGCUCCAGUAUAUCCUGGUGGAAGCGCUCACCUUGCUCCUCCGAAUACGCUCUCAUGUUCUCCUUGAAUUUCUUAAGAUGAGCAUCAAAAAUAAGUACUUUGAGGGACAUCAUGCAACAGAACAUUUUAUAAUUAGAAAUAUAAAUAGAAUUAAAUUGGAAAAAAAAUAGCAAUGUUGUCCACCUUACCUUCCAAAGUUCUUUUGUGCUACUCACAGUCGAAAUGAGGUGCCCAUGGUUUGUCUUGAUUCCCGACAGACAUGCCGAAAUGUGCUUUGUAUGUGUCACACAUCUUAAGAAAUGCUUAGAUUGAGUAAUUUUUUGCUCUUGUCUUGAUAAAUUUCCCAAAGACAUAGCAAAUGCAUCUGCGGAAUGCUUGCAGCCUCUUAGAAACUGAAGGUAAACUAAACUGGUGGGCUUAAGGUCCCAAUGUUCCCGGUGAGCCUACUGUUCCCACAGACUCCUGGAAUUCUAACGCAGCAUUUGAAGGUACAGUCAGUGUUAUAAACAUAACAUAGAAUUUGACAGCAGAUAAGAACCACUUGGCCCAUCUAGUCUGCCCCUUUUAUCUCUUUUUUUUACCAUAUUUUUAUCUAUUGAGCUAAUCUCUGGAAGAGUUGGACUGCUCUGCAUCCCCCGCAUUACAAACACACUGAAGUAAAUGACUUGGAAAAUGAGAACAUUUCAAAAUAUCUCUGUCCAGGUCAUAAAAGCAUAGUUUGUGGGGAAUAAUUGCAAUGUUCUAUACUCUUGUGGUAUGGGCAAUUAGAAAAUAACACUUCAAACACAUGGACAAACAAAAAAAAUAAAAUUUGUUACAUACAGUACUGAUAUCUUUAACUUGGGGUGCACUUAAUGCAGAACACCAAAUCCUUUACAAAGAUGUCUGCCACAUAGACAAAUCCAUACACAUAUUUGCAAAGUAAAAUUAAAGUCUAAGUAAAAAAAUCUUAACUAGAGCUUUAGUUCAAGAAACUAUAGUUCUGUGUUCUGCGCACAAAAAGUGAACUAUGGAAUCUGUCGACCAAAUUCUAAAAUAUUAAAAACACUUAGGGGCAGAUUCAAUUUCCUGCGGUGUUUGCAGUGUUUACAGAAACUAAUAUCCUGAGCUAUUUAAUUAUUCUGCAUUUUUCAGUGCGCUAAACACACGGGUAAUAAGCAUUAAUACAUAGAUUUGCGUUUAGUUCCAGAGGUUGCAUUUAACAAAGAUUUUUCCUCGUAGCACCUGAGGCUGUGACAGAAAAAAAUCUGCAUUAAGUGCCCCCUCUGGGGCUUAACGUGAGGGCUAGCGACGCUUGACUGAAUCGCUCAGGGCUGACAAUUUUCCACUGGGAAAACCCUGCAGAUAUUUAAAUCUGACCCUUAGUAUUGAAUCAAUUGACUUAAUGCAAUUUUAACAAUUACAAAAAAAUAUGUAUUUUUUGCACAUAGUAUAAAGAAUAGUUUUUAACAUUAAAUUAACACUAAAACUAAAGAUAAUUUAAACAAAUGGAUAUAAAUUAAUAUUUUAUGUUUAUUACUGUGAAACCUGCACUGCAGCCAUUUAUUUUUUGUUAAAAUCAGAUGCAUAUUUUUCUUAUAUUAAUAAAGCAUUAAAUAUAUUUGCUACAAAUGAGUGAAUAUAUGCAGAAAAUGCUGAUCCAGGUUUGUAAGUAAAGCAAAAAACACACACACAACUGGCUAAAACCAUGUUGUACUACAGACGGGGCAGAUGUAACAUGUGCAGAGAGAUUUAGAUUUGGGUGGGUUAUAUUGUUUCUGUGCAGGGUAAAUACUGGCUGAUUUUGCAUGUAGCCCACAAAUGGUAAACAGCUUUAUUUUUUUACACAUCAAUUAAGAUUUAAAUUUGAACACACCCCACCCAAAUCUAACUCUCUUUGCACAUGUUACAUCUGCCCCACCUGCAGUACAACAUGGUUUUGCCCAGUAGUCUGCUUUUUCACUUUGCUUACAAACCUGGAUCAGGCCCUUAGUGUAAAUAAAGCACCAAUUAAUGGUUGUAAAAUAGGUAUUGUGAGUAUUUUUAAGACACUAUACAUGUGCUUAUAUGAGUAUGGGUGCACUCAAGGAUAAUAGAAAUCAGAGAAAGUACUCUAUUAGGACACCUUUUCAAGCAGUUUUAGUGAUCUCCAUAUCUGAAUACAGCGCACUCCAAAUUUGGAAUACAGCCCAGCACCAAUCAAACAAAAAAUACUCAUGGUGUAGUUAUUUUGAAUUUCUAUGUAGGAUUAAAAACAAAUACAAUGUAAAAACUUAAAUAACUUGGCAAACAGUGUAUUAGCUAAAUAUAGUUCACCAAAUCAUAUGGAAGAGAUGGCACAACUGCUGCAGAGUGCACUUGAAUAAGUGGGAGCUUCUGAUAGCAGUGGUCGUUCCUGGGUGAAGGUGUCUUUGGAAGAUGAACAGGAACCGCCUAGGUGAAGUUUGUUUCAAACAUUUGUUUUGUUUGCUUGGUACUAGGCUGUAUGCCAGCUUUAGAGAUCACUAAUAGGCAUAUUUAUCAAUAUAAUUUUUACUAAAUAAUGUGAAAACAGAUAUCUUUACACUCUUUUCACGUUAUUUUAGUAUCACAGAAAUGUAUGAAAGGGCAACUAGAGAAGUCGCAAAAUUCUUGUCCAAGCCCUUAAAUUCACAUUUUUAUUUUAGUAAUCAGUUUGCAUUUCCCAUACUUGUAAUGAGAAAUGUGAUCUGCUCAAAUUUAGCCCUGUGAUAAUAAUGCCAUCUUCAGAUGGUGUUAUAUAGGCUUACCUCCAGUUCCCCUGCUCCUGCUCUGCUCCAACACCAUGCGUGGUCACACUCUCAGAGUAUUUUUUACAAAAAAUAUCCUGAGAAGUGCAGGGAGAAGAUUCCCAGGGACAGAGCUUUCUCGGAAGCUCUGUCACUGCAGUGCAUGUUAUAGUUGAUACAUCCUUUUAAUGUUUUCAAAUAUCACAUUCCACAUUUGAGUGAUUUUAUCACAUCAGCAUCUGAGAUUGGAUUAAGAAAAAUAUGUCCCUAAAAGUGGUUGAAAAGGUGUCCUGGGAAAGGACUUUCCAUUUCCCUUGAGUGGAACAAUACUCAGAUAAGCACAUCUAAAUAUUAUUAAAAUUACAGUACCUAUUUUACAACCUUUAUUUGGUGUUUUAUUUACUGCACUAUGGGCACCUUAUUGUCUUGUUACAAAAAAAUAUACAUGUUAAAUAUAUUUACAUUUAGCUACAAUAUAUUUCUAUGAGAAAGCAUUCCUUUUUCCACAUGAUGUGUAUUUUAAAAUUCACAAUAUGGUAUAACCAUUUGUAUUGAAUUUUCAUCUCCUUUUCAUCUGUGUGUGCCCUGUGUAUUAGCCAAUCAGAUCAUCAGAAUGACCGCAGUUGCAGAAAAAGAUAUGCUGAUCUUGGUAGAGGCAGAGACCUAUUCUCUUAUGUGACUAAGGGGUCUAUUUACUAAGCCUUGGAUGGAGAUAAAGUCAAUGGAGAUAAAGUACCAGCCAGUCGGCUUCUAACUGCUAUGCCACAGGCUGUGUUUGAAAAAUGACAGAAGCCACAGACUGAGAGUUAUAUAAUGGAAAAAGCUGGUUCCACCAGCAGCACAGAGUAUAUCAGGAGAUGAGUGAUGUGUCAGUGAGGACAUGGCUACAUGUGACAUGAUGUGAGGAGAAGAAUGGAGACUGCAGGAAGCCACAGUCUUAAGAGUUAUAUAGUGGAAUAAGCAGAGUCCCCAGCAGCACGGAGUACAUCAGGAGAUGAGUGAUGUGUUAUUGAGAACAAGGUUCUAUGUGACAGGGGCAGUGACAUGAUGUGAGGAGAAUGGAGACAAGAAGCCACAGUGUAAGAGUUAUUUACUGAAAGGAGCAAGGUCCCCAGUAGCACAGAGUAUAUCAGGAGAUGAGUAAUGUGUUAGUGAGGCCAGAGUUGCCUGUGACAGGGGCAGUGUUGCAAUGUGAGGAGAGAAGUGAAGCAGGAAUCCAUGGACACAAUUAGAGCAGCACAGAAUAUGGUGGUGGCAGGGGCAUAACCAGAACUUUGUGGGCCCCAUAUCAACAUACUGUAUUCAAGGGGCCUUUAUCCCAAUUAUUUUUUAGGUAUACCUUUCUGCAGCAUUUAUUCAUUUUAUGCCCCAUAAUAGUGCCCCAGUUCAUUUUCUGAACCAUAGUAGUGCCCUAGUUUACAUGAUGUCACAUUGUAGGGCUGACAGUACACAUUAUGCCACACAGUGCCCCAAAUUCUCAUAUACCGAACUGAAAAUCACCCAUUUCUAUGCACUUUAUUUUCCUUUAUGUUCUAAUGUCCUACUUGAGAAACAUAGCAUUUGGUGGCAGAUAGAAACCUCUUGGCCCAUCUAGUCUGCCCUUAAACUUAAUUCAGUAACAAGCAGAAAACAAAUGUACACAUUUACAAGAAUACAGUAUAUGUUUUCAUAAUACUAAAACAGUGUUUAUGUUCAAAUAAUUUUUUUUAAUUCCACUUUUUUGAGUCUCAAAUAACAACAAUAUGAUUUUGACAUGGGUAUUUACAUUUCAAAACAUCAAUUAGUGCUUUUUUUGUGUAGCAAAAGAAAAAAAUGACAUGAAAACUGUACAGGCUAUAAGAUACAGCUGUAAACUCCACUGGACAAUUCAGAAAAUGUAGUUGUUUCAAAAAUUAAAUAAUGAAUUAGUGAUUUUUGCUGUGAUUUUUUUGUGAGCAUUAAAAUCCUUAAUUAAACAUUAUUAAAAAGAUUUGAUACAUUAUUAUUAUUAUUAUUAUUAAUAAUAAUAAUAAUAAUAAUUAUUAUUAUUAUUAUUAUUAUUAUUAUAUUUUAUUAAGCUAGAUGCAUUGCAAUAUUAUGCUAAAAAAUAAGAACAUCACAAAUUAUUUUGAAUAUAGUGAUAAAACGUGUUCUUGAGGGAGCUUUGGAAGCUGUCAGGGUUAUUUGCUGUGUAUGCUAAAUUUUUCAUUACCGAUACUUGAGGAAACUUUAAAGAUAAAGGUGGUUAUAUAAUGCUGUAGGUUCCAAGAUUACAGAACCAGUGUGAUUUCUUCUAGUCUGUUACCAAAUUUAAAGUGGCAGUGAGUUGUAAGGCAAAACUUUUAUAUUUAGCGGUAAACUCACCGAAAUUAUGCCAGUUUUGUAAUAUUGAAGCUUAUUACAUAACCCUCUAUAUACUUAGCAAUGAUGAGUACCUGCUGAAUGAGAAAAUCAGAGUCAAGUAGUGGGUUGCUAGAUUAUUAUUUCAUGUCACAACAGUAUGUUCACUUGACUGUUAGCGCAAUAAGUGCUUCUAGAAUUGGCUUACUCAUCAGUUCGAUAAUUCAUAUGUCAUGGCAACUCAACAAUUAGAGUGCCUUAUUGCAAUUGUAGACCAUGAUUUCUUUAAAUGUUUACUGUGAUGUCAAAAAGAACGUCUUAACCUAUGUCAUUUACAGUAUCAAAUGAUCUUCUGAUGUCUGUAGGAAAAAAUAAAAAAACAUAUAUAAAAAGCUAAAGCUUUAAUAAAAUGUUAACAUGUCCUCUGUUGCUAUAUGUUGUACAGUGAUUAAUGCCAAAUUAACUUUUUGAGGUGUGUAGCAUGUUGUAACUUCUAAUGAAGAUGUGGUGUACAGUUGUGUUUUUUUGUAAUAGAGAGAACAGUUCAAUAAAAUGUAUAGUGAAUUUUAAUGUAUGUAUAAAAUGAUAACCUCCUAUGAAUUUUAACAGUGUUAUGUACUGUCAUAUUUUUUAAUUGUUAUUUUUCACAUGGCUUUUUCUCAAGCUUUUUUUUAUUUUUUUAUUUUUAAACAUUUAAAGUUUUAAAACUUUGCCUUGGUCUACUAAGGUCAUGUAUACUUACAGAUGCUCUUGUAGAAUUUGGUAGGUGGUCUUAAUGCUUAUAGUAUUGCAAAUUGGCAUCUGUUGCUUCCUAAUGUGAAAUCACAGUUAAUUUUAUAAAUUGUUAAAGAAACCGUGUUCGAGCCAAUCUAUGUAAAUUGUUGUUUUAACUUUUGAAAUAUCUAAAUAGAAAUGUAUCGAUAUUGGGUGGGGGGAUCUGUUUUGUUACAGAAAUUGUCAACUUAUUAAACAGUGUUUGCUAACUACAAA